CAAAAUAAACUAAUUUAUCUCGUCCACCUCAAGUCCCAAUAGCCACGAAGUUCCAAAGCAACCAAUAUAAAACGGUUUGCUCCAUCAGAAACCCAAAUUAGAGAUAAUUUGUCCAACUUUGCAGCCUAUAUGAACGCGUAAAACAUCUCACGAGGAAGAGAAAAAUGUCGCUGGUGACAGAAGCAACCAAGGCAAAAGCAGAGGUUUAUUACGGGGACGAAACAUGCAGGGAGAAGUUCACGUUGUUGUUGGCGCAAAUGGGGUUACCGGACAGCCUGCUCACGGUGGAGGACGUAGAAGAGUGCGGGUACGUAAAGGACACAGGGUUUGUAUGGCUCCGGCAUAAGAAGAGGAGGGAAUACUACAAGUUUGAGGAUACAUUCUGUUGGGGAAAUAGGGCCAUUGCACUAGCAAGAUCAACCACUGAACCAUCAUCUGGAAAGUAACAAAAUAAUAGUUUUUGUAUAGGGAUUUCUCAAGCAAUUGUAAUACAAAAACAGACUGUUUUAUUUAGAUAUUUUUGGGUUCAAAAAGACUCUCUAAAGAAGAAGAGAUAACUUCAUAUUUAUAGGGUAAGAUGUCUAUUGGGAACAAACACUUCUUUUCAAU